UGGGGAUAAAAGAUAGAACCGAUAGAUGUGCGAAAUUGUUUUUUUUUUGUGGAUUCGUUCCUCAAAUGAUUUGGCGAUAUAAUCUGCAAAUUAUUUUUCAUAAUAUUAUCAUGUUGAGCGUUAAUGUUUUUAAUUAAACCGAUCCGAGUAGUCGUCGAUGACGGAAUAUUGCAAUACAGAGUGAAUUACGUUGGUCGUGGCAUUUUAAUGCCAAAUUUUAUGAUGACACAAAAGCUUGUGAUAAUGGAUGUUCUCUGCUAGAAUAAAUAGUUGUGCUCAAUAAUGGACGAGAAGUUAUUAAAUGAUUUGCUCGAGUGUUCAGUAUGCUUGGAACGGUUGGAUACAUCAAGUAAAGUGCUAUCUUGUCAGCAUACAUUUUGUAAAAAAUGCCUGGAUGAAAUUGUAGCUACUCAUAAAGAGCUACGAUGUCCAGAAUGUCGAACACUUGUCGAGUGUCGGGUGGAUGAACUGCCACCCAAUGUAUUACUCAUGAGAAUAUUGGAAGGUAUGAAGAGUAAAAAUGCCAUGAUAUCACCGCCUAAAAAACCUUCAGCUGUUGCAUGUUCUGAUCAAAGACCACCAAAAACAUCAAAACAAGUGCCAUAUCAACGUAAUAUGUUUGCAAGAGCAUUAUACGAUUAUUCUUCCAAAGAACCUGGGGAUUUAAGUUUCAAAAAAGGAGACAUGAUUAUAUUACGUCAAAAAGUUGAUUCCAAUUGGUAUCAAGGUGAAGCUAAUGGAGUAAUUGGUAUAUUUCCCCUAUCAUAUGUACAGGUAUUUCCAACAUCACUUCCUAGUCAUAUACCACAAUGUAAAGCAUUGUAUGAUUUUAAAAUGAAUAAAGAAGACGAUGAAGGAUGUUUAUCAUUUUCAAAAGGUGAUAUAAUCACAGUUUUAAGACGGAUUGAUCAAAAUUGGGCCGAGGGAAAAAUUUCCAAUCGCAUUGGAAUAUUUCCUUUAUCUUUUGUUGACUUAAAUCAAAUAGCUCGUGCAUUAAUGAAACUAUCAGUUAGUUCACAACCUACUCAAAGUAGAAUGGCUCCUCCUACUCCCGAAGAAGCUGCUCCUUUAUUGCCAAUUGAACUAUCUGCUGCUUGCCAAUCAACAAAUACCAAACACAAUGCAACUGAUGAAGCAAAACAUGUAUUAGAUAAUACAAAGGUUACCAAUGAAAAUACUUCAUCAUCAUCUUCUUCUACAACUACCACGUCUCCAAAUACUACUUCUCCGUCUGAUACCACAUCUAGCUCUCCUAGCCGGUCACCAUCACACGCUCCUUUUGUUGAUAAUUCAAUAAAUCGUUCUUUACCAACAUCAAAUCCAGAUCCACCAAAACGACAUAGUUUCACAAAUGGGGUUGGGCCUCUUUCAUUAGGCCCGCAUACAUCAGAAAACAAGCGAUAUUCGGCUGAGAUUUUGUCACAAGAUGAUAUUGCUGUUUUUUCCAGUCCAAAUACUAAUUUAGAAAUUCAAUCCACUCAGCCAGUGAAUGGAGUGAAAGAUUCUAAACUUCAUCGUCAUGGAAGUCUUAGAAGUCAUUCCAAACCAAUAGUUACCCAGAAUGUUAGGUCUAAAAUACCUAUCCAACUGCCAGCAAAGCAUGUCUCAUUAUACCCUUAUAAACCUCAAAAAUCCGAUGAACUUGAGUUAAAACGUGGACAAUUAUAUAUGGUAACUGAAUGCUGCAAGGAUGGAUGGUAUAAAGGAACUUCAUUGAAAACUAAUUGUUCUGGUGUAUUUCCAGGAAACUAUGUAACACCUGCAAAAAUAUCUGUUCGUCUACUUGGAAAAUCUAGCAAUAAUUCAUCUUCAGUACAAGAACAAAAAGAUGAUAAUUUGUCAUUUAGUGGUCAAUUAAACGAUUGUAGUUUUCAAAGUGAUAUAGAUGAAAAUUUACCUUUAUAUCCACCACCUGAACUACCACCUCGUAGCAGUAGUCCUUCUGUACAUAGUCGUGUAUCAAGUUGGUUAUCCGAAAUGCCAUCAACAUCUUCUCGAGUACGAUCAGCACCUACACACAAUGUUAAAUCUAUGUGUUGCAAUACAGGUUUGCCCAAUUCAUCUAAACCUACAUCAGCAUUAACUGACAAAGAUUCAAUUGCUGCAUGUGUGAAUACUGUUGCUGGCGCUGUAGCUCCUUGUACUGCUGCAUCACCAUCACAUUCCGUGAGCCCUGAAAAUAUGGCUCAAAAACGUGGAAGGAAAAAAUGCUUUCUUACAAAUUCAGUGAUGCGUAGUUUUUCUAACAUAAAAAUUAGAAAAUCCCCUCCCCCUGUGUAUUCAAUGGAUAAUCCAGUAUUUGAUGAUAAUACUUCUACCAACACUAUGGUCCCACCACCACAACCAGUUCACUCUAGAUCCGAUUCUUGUCCUUCAAAAUUACUGAAUGUAGAUGCCAUACAAAGAAUUCCUGAGCAACUUUCAUUAAAAGUCAGAGGAAAUCAUAACCUUAAAAGUGAACAGCAACCAAAUGGAUCAUCGGUUUUAAUACAUCAUCGUAAAUCACAUAGUUUAGAUACAAAUAAUGGUGUUUCAGUAGACAUUAAACCGCAAGAUCGAAAACUUAAACAAAGUUCACGUACUCAGCAAAAUAUGUGCAGGUGUAUUGUUGCAUAUCCACCAAAUAGUGAGUACGAAUUAGAACUCCGAGUAGGAGAUAUUUUGUAUGUACAUAAGAUUAGGCAAGACGGGUGGUAUAGAGGAACAUUAUUGAGAACCGGUAAAAGUGGUUUGUUUCCAUCAAGCUUUGUUGAGAAAAUUUAAUAAUAUUUUCUGCCUAAUUUAUCGUAAAUAGUUUUAUUUAGGAAUAUUAGUCAUCGUUAAUUUAAUUUAACUUAACUAUUAGACUACCUAAUUAUUUAUUGGUAAAAUAAUAAAUAUAUCUCAUAAAAUUUAUGUACCAGAGUUGCAUCUAGGGUGUAGUAAACAUUUAGACUCUUAAAAUAUUUAAUCCAUCUUGUGUAAUAAUUUGACUGCUUCGGUUAAGUGUAUUUUUAUUUAUAUUAAAAACUCAAUAAAUUUAACAAUAUUUAUUAAUUAAAAGUUAAAACAUUUUGUAUCUUAUGUGAUAUUAUAUAUUUUAGA